GAGGCAGUGCAGCCAUGACACAAACACUUUGCAGCCGUUGUUGCUUUUUCUUCUUCCUCUGACCUCAACUCUGACACAUUUAUCAGAGGGAUGGAUGCAGCCGAGGACACAGACGAAGAUGACCUUCUGGCCUACGACCUGCAGAUGAUCAUUCAGGAGUCAUGUCAGAGAGAGCACAUGACAGAAUCAGGCAGGAUUGAAGUGGUGAAACUUGUGAGCGCCAUUGAGCGAGGUGACUUACCGGCUCUGAAGGAGCUCUGUGAUUUCCCAGCAGCCUUCAGUCAGGUGGACGAUCAGGGCUGGUAUCCUCUGCACAGAGCAGUUGUUCAACCUCUGGUGUCUGUUCUGGAGACGGUGCUGUACGCGUCAUUCCGUCUGACUCUGGAGGAGAAAACUGCGGAGGGCGAGACAUUCCUGACUUUAGCAGUGAAAUCCAGUUUUCUGGAAAAUGUGACAAUGCUUCUGGAGCAUGGAGCCUCUCCUCACACCACCAACAGCAAGAAUGAGUCUCCUCUGCUUUUAGCAGUCGGAGUCAGAUCUUAUGAGAUGGUUUCCUGUCUGAUCGCUGGAGGAGCUCGCGUGGAGCAGGUGUGUUUAAAGAAGUGGACGGCCAUGCACGAGGCGUCCAGGUCAGGCUGCGUCCACAUCAUGGAGCUCCUGCUGCAGAACGGAGGACAGGUUUCAGAGACAGACCAGUAUGGAGUGACCCCUCUGGGCAUCGCUGCAGAAUAUAGUCACCCUGAAGUCCUGGAGCUCCUCAUCAAACAUGGUGCUGAUGUAAACGCUCAGGCGCCUAAUGGCGACAGCGUCCUGUACGAUGCCGCAGGUUCAGGGAAUCCGGACUGUAUCGACAUCCUGCUGCAGCACGGAGCAAAUCCCAACAUCUUCAAUUUGAGCUCCCAGCUGCCCAUUCACAGAGCAGCGUACGAAGGACACCUCCUAGCUCUGAGGAUCUUGAUUCCGAUCACCACGCGGCGUGCCCUGCGGUUGUGCGGACACAGCCCCGUCCACUCUGCUGCUGAUGGAGGCCACGCCAACUGCCUGGAGCUGCUGCUGCAGAAAGGUUUUGACGUCAACGCGCUGUUGGCCCCUCACAUCUCCGAAAACUAUGGCGACAUGAGGAGAACCCCGUUGUUCUUCACCAUCUCCAACGGGGACAGGACCUGUACCGAGAUACUGCUGAAGUCGGGGGCCGAACCUGACCUGGACCUACUGCGCUGCCUCCUGGUGGCGGUUCGGUCGGGACGUUACGAGAUCGUGAAGCUGCUGAUCGCGGCAAAGGCGGACGUGAAUUGUUACUUUACGGUGGUGAAUGACACGGUGUUUCCCACGGCGCUGCAGUACUGCCUGAAAGAUGAGGUGAUGAUGAGGCUGCUGCUCAACAACGGCUAUGACGCAGAGAAAUGCUUCUGCUAUAACCAUGACGACGGCUGGGAUGAGGACUCACAGCAUCAGCAGCAAAAAGUUGCUUUCUGUGACUUCGUCAGCCUCUCCUGUCUGGCGAACGUCGUGGGCAGAGUCGUGUUCGUCCUCCUCGAAUACGUCGGUCAGGUUUCUCUCUGCGGGAAACUGACAAAGACCCUGGAGACACAGAGAGAGUGGCCUUUCAUUCACUGGACCAUACGAAACCCUCGCUCGCUGUCUCACCUGAGUAGAGUUGUGAUUCGGAAACACCUGAGCUGCAGUGACCUGACGCGCAGCCAGCUGCCCACCAGGCUGAAGGACUACCUGCUGUUCAGAGAGAACGACCUGUACUCCAGAAUCAUCUGCAGGGAAGAGUGAAGGGGACGUGGACAUGUCUCUCAUCAAAAGUCUUAAAAGUUAGUGUUAAAGUCUUUUUUUUACUUCUUUGGUUCAUGUACCUCUGCCUGUACUUAAAAGAAAAAAAAUAUACAAAGAUUUUUUUUUUCUACUUUAAAACAUUAUAGAGUGCAAACACUGUGAGAAAUAUUUUACUUUUACCAUUAAUUGGGUCCAACACCUUUAGCAGUUUGAUGGAAUAAACAGGCCCUGGUUUGUACUGUGUGUCUGUCAAUGAAUGAAUGAAUAAAAGAGACAUGAAUAAAAAUCCAGAGUUAGUU